UGUGCAGGUAUAUUUACAACUUUUUACAGUAUAGUGUCUGGCUUCUCCCAGUCCUUGGAUGUUAUCAUCAAACACUUCUUUCGCUUACAGGCUUGUGUGGCAGAUUUUUUUAACAGACUCAUUGAUCAGAGGCCCCUAACUCCCCCACCCCCGCCCCAAGAAUGGGUUUACCGAGCAGCGGAAAGCAGGAAACAGAGGCUAGCAGUGAGCCUGUGCUGAUAGUAAAUAACAGACCUGCUGCUCUUUUACGCGCCAUUUCAUGCUAAAAUGAUUUCAUGUCAGUCAGAGGAAAAUGAGGAUUUAUAACCUACCCUAGGAACAAAGGCAAAGAAAAAGACCAUGACUGGAGAACUGCCGUGUGAUGCUUUGUCAAAAGUGAAUCUAGUUGGGAGGCAGGAUUCCCUGGAGUUGAUAUGUGACGGGGGAGGUAGGAGGUCGUCUUCACCAAGGGUGUCAGUCUGCGCAAAGUCUUUCCCCGGGCGUUAUGCCCAAAGAAAGUCCAUAGCUGAGCUGAGUGUGUGCCAACUCCCUGCUUAUUCUGAGAGCAUCCCAGUCCAAUGUAGUCCAGCUUUUCUACGGGAAGCUGGUGUGCAGCAGUCGGUUCGGUUCCGAGAAGCGUCUUUAGCUUCAGAUAUAUCCCACACUGGCUACAACAGCUACCAAGUCCUAGGCUGGGAUACGUGCCAGUAUCGGGCAGUGGCCAUCAGCAGAGGUGCAAUGGCUCUACUAAAGCUCUUGCUGAUGGUUUUCAGCUUUGUAUUUUGGGUUGCGGGACUGGCUAUGUUCACGGUCGGCAUUUGGGCUAAAAUUUCUCUGGGCAAUUACUUAGUGCUAUCUACCAACGAUUACCCUAACACACCCUUUAUCCUGCUAGCAACAGGAGCGGCUGUUAUCAUUUGGGGCUUCCUGGGCUGCUUUAGUGCUGCCACAGAACACAAAUGCCUUCUCAAGACCUACGGCGUGUUUCAGAUGGCAGUCCUGAUCGCAGGGCUAUCAGCUGGGCUGUCUGGCUUGUUCUACCGCAAGGACAUCGCGGAGGGUUUUCAGAACGGACUGCGGGAAGCGGUGCAGGCAUAUGGGGAGGAUGAAGAGAAGGCGAACGCCUUGGAUGACAUCCAGCGCACCCUGGACUGCUGUGGGGUGGACAGUUACACGGAUUGGUUUUCCUCGCCCUGGUCCGGGGAACAGCUGCAGAACGGUUCAGUGCCCAUCAGUUGCUGCACUGUGCGUAAGGGAUGCCCCCACAGCCCAGUGGCACCAGACGCCCGGGGCAUUUACCAGGAUGGCUGCUUCAAGAAGAUAUUCGACUUUGUCAACGACAACAUGUUCUACAUCGCCACUGGUGCCCUGGGACUGGCAGUGGUGCAGGUGGUUGGCAUCGUGUUGGCUUGUCUGUUAUCUGCUAGAAUCCCAGCCAGGGCUGCAGAGGGAGGAAAUGCGGGCAGUAACCGGGGCAGUGCUGGAGGUACCCCCCGCUGAUUCACGGGGACGCAGGAACAACUGGUGGGGAAGCAGCUCCUUCUCAUACUGUUGGACAGACUCUCCGGGAUGAAUGUACAUAAUAGCAGGGCUGGUUUAAUAGCCGGACAUGACUCUGGGAAUGAAGUUUUACCUUCCUGUUAAGUAACGUUGGAUGUUCAUUAAUAAGCAGUCAUAAACAAUCCUGCAAAACUGGUAAAACAUUCAAUAUCCAGAGUGCUGUGGAUUAUACAGUCAUUCUAAACAGAUGGUAGUCUGUUCUCUUCAUUAAAACGGAUGCAUUUAUUUAUUUAUUUAGUUUAUUUAUUUAUAGUGCUGCAUGAAUUAGUUUACUUUUAUUUUUUAGAAUGCUGCAAGAAUUUCAAUUUGCUACACCCCUUCAACAUUUUUAACUCCCUGUAUUACUUCAAUUUCUGUUACAAAAUGCUUAAACAGUGAGAAUUGAAAAAAAUAAAUAAUAAAAUCUGUGAGCAUAAAAACCAUUACAUAGUGAUACUAACCCUGACAGCUGACUUACUUUUGCAAUAUCCCAAUGAAUGCUUUGGACUUGCUGCGCAUCUUCGAGCACAAUUUCCUCAGACAUCUGCUGACUGGCUGUGCAUAAUACAGUUAUGAACGGACACAGCACUAAAGAUUCACUAAUAAUAAUAAUAGUAACAGUAAUAAUACAAUAAUAAGAGUAAUAAUGCAGUAUCCGUAACGAAAUGAGGGCACAUAUAUUGCCCCGUCACUUUAUUCAUUUUAAUGUUCACUACUAAUUGGUCCAGGUGAGGUUUUUCCUUGAAUAGCUUCUAUCUUUAUUUUAUUUUAUUUAUUUAUGUUUUCUUGAUUUUUUCAAAGACUUGUUAAUGGAAUAACCUUGGUCAAUACAUGAUGUGCAUUAUAAUUUGACACGAUGUUUCUUCUGCACAGUGUGAAUAUGUAUCUGUAAAUAAUGUACAUUAAUGAACACCCGUUUUUAGACAAAGCAGUUGAUUUAUUUAUUCUGUAAAUACAUAGAGAAUGCAGAUUUUUUGCUUUACAGUAUAUGGCAUUACAGGAACGGCCUCACACAGUUUAUUACUCAGGAAUGCUAAUAAAUCUGGGAAUGCAGAGUUUA